AGCUCUGACAACGCAUCCAUCGUUCUCAGCAUUCGCCCCCUCCUCCUGGUCGAGCCCUUGCGCCGCCUCUCUAGACUUACCUACAUUAAUUCGUAAUGACGACGCCAUACAGCGGAAAGUGGGACGCCAGAUACCUGGGCCCCGUCCCCCACGAUGUCUCGUACUACUCGAAGUGUAUGCUCGGCGGUGCCCUGGCCUGCGGUUUCACGCACGCCGGCAUCACCCCUCUCGACGUCACAAAAUGUAACAUGCAGGUCAACCCCGGCAAAUACAAGGGUCUGGUAUCCGGUAUAUCGCUCAUCAUGAAGGAGGAGGGCUCCUCUGCCAUUUGGAAAGGCUUCGGCCCGACCUUCGUCGGCUACUCGCUGCAGGGCAUGUUCAAGUACGGUCUGUAUGAGGUCUUCAAGGAUCUCUACAUGAACUUGGCAGGCGAGGAGGCGUCGGAGAAGUACAAGCCCGCCAUCUGGCUGGCCGGCUCUGCCUCUGCUGAGGUCUUCGCCGACGUCGCCCUUUGCCCUCUGGAGAUGACCAAGGUCAAGAUCCAGACGAGUGCCCCCGGCACUUUCCCCAUCCCCAUGGGUGCUGCUCUCGCUGAGAUGAGCAAGCUCAAGGCUGAGACCCGCUAUCCCUUCGGUUCGCUCGUUCCCCUGUGGUCCCGUCAGAUCCCGUACACCAUGGCCAAGUUCUUCUUCUUUGAGGGUAUCGUCAAGAUGUUCUAUACGCACGUCUUCACUGCUCCCAAGGAGACCUACUCCAAGGGCACGCAGCUCGGUGUCACAUUUGCUUCCGGUUACCUGGCUGGUGUCAUCUGCGCUAUCGUCUCGCACCCCGCUGACACGCUCGUCUCGCUUAUGGGCAAGCCGGGCAACAGGGGCAAGAGCGUCGGUCAGAUUGCGUCAGAAACCGGUAUUGUCACCCUCGCCACGAAGGGUCUUGGUACCCGUAUUGUCAUGAUCGGUACCCUCACUGGCUUCCAAUGGUGGAUCUACGACACCUUCAAGAGCACGAUGGGUCUGGGCACGACUGGUGGCAAGUAAACGUAUCAAAACUCCAACCGUAUUAUAUAGAGGGUGGUGGAUAUGCGAGCGGACGAUUAUACAAUCGACUUGUUUUAGUUACGGUCUCUUACUUAGUCUUCCUGUUAUUUCCUGCGUUGCGGCGCAUCUCCGUUCACGCUUCAAAUAGAAAGGAUUCCCGCAUCUUCUCA